GGCAGGCAGGCGGAGAGACGGAGAGACGGCGGCGGGGUACCGGAGCGACGACGCCGCGGCGGUGUUGUUGUCUGUCUGUCUGUCUGUCUUUACUGAGGAAAACCGGCGGUCAGACUGGAUGGUGGAUUUCUUUUUUGCAUUCUCUGGAUCGGGAUCAUCAGGGGGGCUAGGAUAACUUCGCAUGGGACAAAACCCGCCUUCUUUUAAUGUCAUCCGGCGAUUUGUUUCGCCCGGCGUGUUGACGCCAGUGGUGGGGGAGAGGAGGAAACGGGAGGCUUUUCCUGGAGGAGUGUUAUUGACAGAUCGGCGACAUGCAUGCACACGCGUUUCCGUCCACCAGCUGUACAGGAUAGACACACACACACACACUAAACACUGCGUUUCAUUUUUCACAAAUGAGAUUUCCGGAGCUUAUAUAGCCUAUCGCAGCAACGUGGCUCGGCAUAUCGGCAACAAGGAAACGAUGCUUGGCUGCACGCUGAAGGUUUUUGCACCAUAGGGCAAUGUGUUAAUAAUAUCGAUAAUGCACGGCGUGGAAUAAUGCAACGAGACACAACUUUGUCCUACGAACUGCGAGACGUGUCACUAUCUCUUCUAAUCAAAGUGCAUUUAUCUGUUAGCCUGGCGUGUGCUCCAGUAAUCCUGUUAUUCUUGAAUACAGCUCAGUUGCUUCAGUAAACGCCAGUGCCAUUUAUCUACCAGCCACCCGAAAAGCCCCGUGUUGAUGUGUGAUUUACAUUUUGAACCAAAAUCCUGCUGCGCAUUGAUGUCGGUGCUCGCGUUGUGCAGAUAAAAAAAAAAAAACCUCAAACCCCUCCAGAGUUGUGUCGCCAAAUGACUGCUAAACUGUAGAUGUAGGCAGGCCUAACCUCCGCGUACAUGCAGAUCCAAUCGAUAGCGAGAUAAAGACAGCUCCGGCACACUGUUUAUGCUCCUCUGGAAGUGUCACGGGGGUGUGUUUAAAAUCCCGCGUAUCUAUUUUUUUCUUCUUCUUCUUCUAACAUUGCCCCCAGGCAGCAGAGACUCUGCUCGGUGAAGAGAGGAGACAGUCCAAACACGGUGCAGGGGGAAAAAAAACUACUGUAAGGCGACGUCCUAAGAAAAGUUUCAAUGGUUUUCCGAAAGUUGCCCGGUGUGUCAGCAUCGGGCAUGGGUCUGCGCCUGUCCCAGAAAUUCGUCUUUCUGCUCUUUCUCUCGGGUUUGGUGACGCUGUGUUUCGGGGCCCUUUUCUUUUUGCCCGACUCCGUUCGGCUAAAGCGCAUUUUUCUGUCCAAGACCGAGACCCAGCCGGUCACCGUCGGCUCCGGCUCCGGUUCCGAGAACGAUGCCAGGGAGCACUUGAAAAGACCCAAGGACCAGGAGCACGCGCUGAGGGGCAUGACCCCGGCCAAAGGGGAGACCAGCAGCACCAAGCUGAAGAGUCUGAGCCGCAAGCCGCCCGUCUCUCACGAGACUCCCGAGGCGAGGCUCACCGGGGGGAAAGCGCAGGAGGAUUUGACUCUACCCAGGUCCAAAACGGAGCCUUCAGUCUCGGAUAAAGCGACCACCUCGGCCCACGGACCCACCUCGGAUACUUUCAGUUACCAGAAGUUCAAAAGGUGUCUGCUCAAACCACCUCUGGGGAGAGACGGCGGCAAACCGAGCGACCCCAUGACCAACGAGCGCCGGGAGAAAGUCAAAGAGAUGAUGAAGUUUGCCUGGGACAACUACAAGCGCUACGCCUGGGGCAAGAAUGAGCUGCGGCCUUUGACGAGAAACGGCCAUAUUGGCAACAUGUUUGGUGGUCUAAGAGGAGCAUCCAUCAUUGACUCAUUGGACACACUGUACAUCAUGGGACUGAUGGAAGAUUACAACGAUGCCAAGGAGUGGGUGGAGAGUAGCCUGGACCUGAACUCGAACGGGGAGGCAUCGCUCUUCGAGGUGAACAUCCGUUACGUCGGCGGCUUGCUGUCGGCGUACUACCUGACAGGAGAGGAGUUGUUCAAGAGUAAAGCACUGGAGCUGGGAGAGAAGCUGCUGCCUGCCUUCAACACUCCGACAGGUAUCCCCCGAGGAGUCAUCAACCUGGGGAGCAGUGGCACCAGUUGGAGCUGGGGCUGGGCCUCAGCCGGGAGUAGCAUCCUGGCUGAGUUUGGGACGCUCCACCUCGAGUUCGUCCAUCUGUCGGAGCUCUCUAACAACCCCAUCUACACAGAGAAGGUGAUGAACAUCAGAAAACUACUGAACAAGAUUGAGAAACCACACGGCCUGUACCCGAACUUCCUCAGUCCAGUCAGCGGCAACUGGGUCCAACAUCACGUCUCCAUCGGUGGCCUCGGGGACAGUUUCUACGAGUAUCUCAUCAAAUCGUUUCUGAUGUCUGACAAGAUGGACGAUGGCGCCAAGAAGAUGUACUACGGAGCGCUGGAGGCGAUUGAAGCGAACCUGGUACAGAAGUCAGCGGGUGGUCUCACCUACAUGGCCGAGUGGAGAGGGGGGAUCCUGGAUCACAAGAUGGGUCACCUGGCCUGCUUCUCCGGGGGAAUGAUCGGCAUCGGAGCCGACGAUGGAGUGCCAGAGAAGAGGCAACACUACCUCGACCUGGCUGCCGAGAUCACACACACGUGCCACGAGAGCUACACUCGCUCAGCCACCAAACUGGGACCUGAGGCGUUCAGGUUUGAUGCAGGAGCUGAAGCCUCAGCGACCAGGCUGAGCGACAGAUAUUACAUCCUCCGACCAGAAGUCAUCGAGAGCUACAUGUACAUGUGGAGACUGACCCACGAUCCCAAGUACAGAGAGUGGGGCUGGGAGGCCGUCGAGGCCCUGGAGCAGCACUGCAGAGUGGAGUCCGGCUUCUCUGGGAUCCGUGAUGUUUACACCAUGACAGUCAGCCACGAUAACAUGCAGCAGAGCUUCUUCCUCUCAGAGACGCUCAAGUAUCUGUACCUGCUCUUCUCUGACGACGACCUUCUCCCUCUGGAGGACUGGGUCUUCAACACAGAAGCCCACCCGCUGCCCGUCGUCCGUAAGAGCUGCCUGCAGGAGGAAAACACACAGGACAAGACGGUCUCUGAAUAAGACUGAACACAGAGACUUUUUUUUUUUUUUUUUUGCACAUGUGUAUGUGCGAACACACAAAAGAGUCACACAAAUAUCGCAAAACACCAAUUUAAUGCAGGUUCAGAGUCUCUUCAGGAGCUUGUUAUGGACUCUCAAAUUCCUUUCCAGUAAAGGAUGUUGUCGUUUUACGCUGUGAUUGUAUAUCCUUUCGCCGGGUUUUACUUCCUGCUGGCACUUCUUUUUUUGUGGACAAUCAAAACAAACAUGACUUUCAUGAAAAGAGCACCUUUUUUCUUUCCUUCUUUCCUCUGUGAGGAAACCAGUAUAACUUGCAGACCCAAAUGUACGGGAGGAGGGUUGAACCAUGGGCCAUAUUGUUAGAAAGAGAGAGAAGCGUAUAGAAAACCACUUGAGUUUUGCUCUUUGAGUUCUUUGUUUCGUUAAUCUUCGGUGAUGAAUGAUUUCCUUCUAUCUCGUCAUUGCAUUUUUUCCUUUGUGAGUACACUCUUUGACCAAAGGUUUAUUUGCAUUUCUAGUUCCCUCUUCUUCUUCUUCUUUUUUUUUUUUUCAAGUAAUGUGUUUUUGUUGAGAUUUGAAAGAAAGUUAAAUUUAUAAAAAAGGGUUGAAUUGUAAUGAGUAUUGAUUAAUGUACAGACAUGAAAUGUGACCCUUGAAGCCACCUCCGAACUAAUGUUGAUGUCAUGUUUCUUACUGAAACAAGCUUGAAUGAUUCUUUUUCAAGUGAGGAGGUGUCGUGAAAGUGGCAGUGUCUUAUGCAUCCAGGGACCAUUUAUUAAAACAAGCCUGAAGUUGG